AGAGAAGAGAGAGGGGCAAGGAAGACACUAUGGGGGCGAGGCAGUCAAGGGCCAACCCCAAGGACAAGGACCCCAAGAAGAUGCUCCUGGGGAGGAGACAGAGGUUUUCUUCAUGGGAUGAUACCCUACUCUUGGGAAAGGACCCGCGGUCCCUGUUGAAGCGGGGUAUGCGCCACGUCAGCUUCAGCUUGGUCACCAAAGGGAUGACGGACAUCCCAGAUUUUCUGUGGGGCUUGUCCGAGGUCCAGAAACUCAAUCUGUCUCAUAACCAGCUCCGGGUUCUCCCUCCCGAGGUGGGGAAACUGACCCACAUCGUGGUCCUCAAUUUGUGUGGCAAUCGCCUGAAGAGUCUGCCCAGAGAAAUCAGCCUCCUCCAGAGCCUCAAAGUCCUGUUUGUCAACAUGAACUGCCUGACCGAGGUGCCGGCUGAGCUGAGCCUGUGCAGAAGCCUGGAAGUGCUGAGUUUGUCGCACAACUGCCUGUCCCAGCUUCCCGCCAGCUUCUCUGACCUCUCCAGAUUGAAGAAGCUGAACCUCAGCAACAACUACUUUGCGCAUAUCCCCAUCUGUGUGUUCUCGCUGAAGGAGCUGGACUUCUUGCAUGUGGGCUCAAAUCGCUUGGAAAACAUCGCCGAGAGCAUCCAGUGCCUGGCCAGCCUGCAGAUCUUCAUUGCCGAGAGCAAUAACAUCCACUCCUUCCCGAGGUCACUUUGCCUAAUCGCGAGCCUAGAGCUGCUGAACCUAAACAACAAUGACAUCCAGACCCUCCCGGAGGAGCUCUACCUGCUGAACAGGUUGGCAAGGAUUGCCUGGAAUCCCAUGGACAAAGGGCUCCACAUUUCCCACAACCCUUUAUCCAAGCCCCUGCCGGAGCUGGUGGAGGGAGGCCUGGAGAUGCUCUUCAGCUACCUGAAGGACAAAAAACACAGCUGACUGGGCACCAAAGGCGAGACUCGGAGCCAGCUCAUCU